AAAAAUAAAAAUAAAGAAAAUCGGGGGAUUGGUGGAGAAGAACACAAGUGCGCGCGCGUGUGUGUGGAGACGACGCGAGAGGAGGAAGACGAGGAGGAGGAGGAGGUAGUCGCCGGCGAUGGAGGUGGGGUUCCUGGGGCUGGGCAUCAUGGGGAAGGCAAUGGCGGCCAACCUCCUCCGCCACGGCUUCCGCGUCACCGUCUGGAACCGCACCCUCGCCAAGUGCCAGGAGCUCGUCGCGCUGGGCGCCGCCGUCGGGGAGACGCCGGCGGCCGUCGUCGCCAAGUGCAGAUACACCAUCGCCAUGCUCUCGGACCCCAGCGCCGCGCUAUCUGUUGUUUUCGACAAGGACGGUGUGCUCGAGCAGAUCGGGGAUGGGAAAGGCUAUGUGGACAUGUCCACUGUUGAUGCCACCACUUCUUGCCAGAUAAGCCAGGCUAUAAAACAAAAAGGUGGAGCUUUUGUUGAAGCUCCAGUUUCAGGAAGUAAAAAGCCAGCUGAAGAUGGCCAAUUGGUCAUUCUUGCUGCAGGGGACAAGGUAUUGUAUGAUGAUAUGGUCCCUGCAUUCGAUGUACUUGGAAAAAAGUCAUUCUUUCUGGGAGAGAUUGGAAAUGGAGCAAAGAUGAAGCUGGUGGUAAACAUGAUCAUGGGAAGUAUGAUGAAUGCUUUGUCUGAGGGGCUCUCUUUGGCUGACACAAGUGGUUUGAGCCCCCAGACGCUUCUUGAUGUCCUGGACCUUGGUGCGGUCACGAAUCCAAUGUUCAAGCUGAAAGGGCCGUCGAUGCUGCAAGGCAACUACAGCCCUGCAUUUCCUCUGAAACAUCAGCAGAAGGAUAUGAGGCUGGCACUUUCCCUAGGAGACGAGAACGCCAUCUCCAUGCCAGUGGCAGCUGCUUCCAACGAGGCGUUCAAGAAAGCAAGAAGCUUGGGGCUAGGGGACCUGGAUUUCUCAGCUGUUUAUGAGGUACUGAAGGGCGCCGGCGGCUCAGGCCAGGCGUGAUAAGUGGGGUGAUGGCUUCGGCUGAUACUCUGAACAUAACUAGAAUCCAUUCUUCAUCAGGAUCUGCCCAUUGCCAUGCAGAUUUGUGACAGUGUUCUGUACCGAACCACGCAGCCUGCCAUGUGCCAUUGUAUUGAUGCGUGUGUUACUCCAUAUCCGAAUAUCUGAUAUUACCAGUAGCCCGUGUGACAAUGUAGUUGCAGGCUAAUUUGGUACUGGUUUGCAUGAACUUCAUCCCAAUAAAGGAUAUAUAGCUUUCUCAUGGAAUUGAGGUCUGGUGCAGUUCUAAUGACAACUGCACGCAAUCUUAACCGUUCAUUUUUCUUAACGAAAGGUAUGAUCUAAUGCUACAGUACGUGCUAUAGUAAA